AAAAUAAAGUAUACUGUGCCGGUGUGAAAACGACUCUCAAUGUCGUUGGUGAAUGAAACUCAUCUGAGCUGAAAAAUAAAAAUGCGGGUCUGAUCAGAGCCACUGCAGGGGAUUUCAGUGGUUCACUGGAUGGUUUUCUCAGAGCGGAUGUUGCAUUUGUUUCUCCAGUGAAGGAAGAAAGGCAGCAGAAGAUUUGCAAGAAUGAAGAGACUCCCCGUCCUCGCCUUGCUCCUCUGGAUAUGUUGUGCGUUAUAUGUCGGUAUUUUCCUGUUCGUGGGCGGUUUCCUGUUGGUGCGCCUGGAGGUCAGUAGGACGAGCACCUGCGAGGACAUCUUGCCUCCGUCCUCGAACGCGGCGUCCUCGCCAGACUUCUGCCCCCAACAUCCUCGCGUACGCAGAGCUGUAAUCCUCAUCAUCGACGCUCUGAAAGCCGAGUUUGCUCAUUACGACCCAAGAAACACCUCGCCCAGACCAUUUGAGAACAAGCUGCCGGUUCUGGGUGAGAUGGUUUCAUCUCGGGCGUCGCACGCCAGGCUGUACACGUUCAGAGCUGAUCCUCCGACCACCACCAUGCAGAGGAUCAAAGGUUUCACCACUGGAUCUCUGCCCACGUUUAUAGACGUGGGGAACAACUUCGCAUCCAGCGCCGUGCUGGAGGACAACCUGAUUCACCAACUCGGUCAGACAGGGAAGCGAGUGGUCUUCAUGGGAGACGACACAUGGGUCAGUUUGUUCCCUAAAAAGUUCCACCGCUCGCUGCCUUUCCCUUCCUUCAAUGUCAAAGAUCUGCACACCGUGGACAACGGAAUCCUCCAGAACAUUUUCCCCAUCAUGGAUGGAGAUGACUGGGACGUGCUGAUCGCUCACUUCCUGGGUGUGGAUCACUGCGGCCACCGUUUCGGCCCCGACCACCCUGCCAUGGCGGAGAAGCUCACUCAGAUGGACGGAGUUAUCAGGUCAGUGAUAAAGCGGCUGCAGAACGACACUCUGCUGGUGGUGAUGGGAGAUCACGGGAUGACCGACACUGGGGACCACGGAGGAGAAAGCCAGAAGGAAACCGACGCUGCUUUGUUUCUCUACAGCGGUUCACGUCUGUUCCCAUCUCCUGACGCACAGCAGGCGGAGCCCGAGUUGGUGCCUCAAACUGAUUUAGUACCGACCCUGGCUUUGCUGUUGGGAGUUCCCAUCCCAUACAGCAGCGUGGGUCAGGUUAUGCUCCCGCUUUUCCCCAAAAACAGCUCUCCGGAUGCACCUGAGGGUCUCAGCCAGGUGGAGGCGCUGUGGAUCAAUGUCAAACAGGUUCAUCGUUUUUUGGAGACCUACUCCAGCAUGGCCAAAGACAUUCCACCAGAUAGUUUGUCUCAACUGCGGGCUCACUUCUCCCAAAUCUCCUCUCAGUACAUGAGUUCGAUACGUGACAGAACUCCUCCUCCCCCUGGCCUGGUGGCCUCCAUGCAGGAAUAUCUAAGCUCUGUUCGAGAGACCUGUCGUGCCUCCUGGGCUCGCUUCAACCCUUUGAAAAUGGCAGCAGGCCUGCUGAUUCUGGGUUUUGGGUGCAUCUUGUGCUAUAUCAUCUCAGAACUAUCUGCUUUGGUUCUCCAGAGUGCUAUAUUGAAGACUCCAGUGCUUGUUGGGCUGAUGAUUGGGGGAGUGGUAGCUGUGGGUCAAAUUUUCACUUUGGGAUAUGUGGACGUCUUGUGGUGUUUGGGAGCUGCUGCGUUGUUUUCUGAAGCUUCGUUCCUGUGGAGAGUUCGGAGGGUGUGUCCUUGUAGCCGACUGUCUCACUGGUGCUUUUUAACUCCACCAUUGCUCGUGCUCCUCCUGCGCUGUGCGUCCUUGCUCUCAGACAGCUACGUGAUCUACGAGGGACGUGUGGUCACAUUCUUACUGUUCAGCUUAGGGCUUUAUGUUCCACUUCAGCUCAACUGGGAUGGACUUGUGGUGCCUGCACCUUCUACCGAUACUCAGAAACCUCCCGGACUUCUUGCAGCCUUGUUACCACCCUCGGUAGUCCGGCGUGAGAGUGGUACUUUGCUUGUUUGCAUAGGCAUCUUGGUGGCAUGCCUCUACCUUUCUCUGUCAUUCCACAGCUGCCGUGAAGAACAGGGUGCUUGCCAGCCUUCGGUCUUUUUGACACCACUCUCACGGGUUCAGGAUAGUCGUCUCCGCAACUUGCACUACGUCCUGUCCCUGGCAUCACUUUCUGCCUGGGCAUUCUUGCUACAUUCUUGGUUACGUCACUACGGAAACAUGAACAGCACAGGUGUGGUGGUGUUUACAGCAUGCUACCUGCUUCCUCUUGCUUCGAUCUGCAUGGGACUACAUUGGGCGGUCAGCGCGACUCCAGAGGACACCUUCAGGAACCUGGCAGAGCUGAUUCACUUGGCGCAAGUGAUUCUGCCACGUGUUGCCUUCGGUCUCCUAGGCCUUGGGAUGCUGCUCGUGUGGCUGGACCCACUUACAGUGUUUCUAAAGACACGAGCACCUUUGAACUCUCGAGGUACCGUCAUGCCACCUCCAAGGUACCGUGCUAGCACUGGAAUCAGCCCUCAGGCUGAGCUGCACCAUCUUAUACCACAGUUAUAUCAGCGCAUCCGCCAAUCGCUUGACGAUGAAGGGGACAAGGGGACUGAUCCAGAUGGACGGCCAGCAGUAGAAGCCUACGGACUGGGCACUGUCUACUCUGCACCCAUGGUCUUGUUGUGUGGUCUGAUGGGUCUUGGGAUGCUGCUGCUACACCCCGAAGGCAUGGCACUGGCUUUCUUGCUGCUACUGCUGCAGGCUGCAGCUCUCCUCCAUCUCCACGCCUCUGCCAGCAAUCUCUCCAACCAGCAGAGUCACUCGAGUAUCUUCAGUGUUCCCUGGGCUUCUGUGGUUCUGUGGUCUCUGGCUGCCUCACAGUUCUUCCAUGCCACAGGUCACCUGCCAACCUUCCCGUCCAUCCAGUGGAGCGCUGCAUUCGUGGGUUUUCCUCAGGGACACACGGGCACCACUCUUCCCGCCAUGCUCGUCACCCUCAACACCUUCUCCUCACACAUCCUGUUUGCAGUCAGCUGCCCGUUGCUGCUCUUCUGGCCACUGGUGUGUGAGCUGCGUGGGUCUCGAACCAGCCGCUCGGGUGGAGGUGAAGAUGGAGACGAGGUUGUCAUGGAGAUGAGGCUGCGAGAAAACCCACACCAGUUCAGUUCAGCUUUACUGCAGCUUGCAGCACGCUACCUGUUUAUUAACGGAGUACAGGUUUUGGCAUCGGUUUGUGCUGCUGCUAUUCUCAGGAGACACCUCAUGGUGUGGAAAGUGUUUGCACCCAAGCUGAUGUUUGAGGCCAGCGCGUUCAUCGUGGGCAGCGUGUUUGUGCUUGUCGGGGUCGCUCUGGUCAUGAGGGUCGACGUGGCCGUGGCUCGCUUAUUUCAGAGACUCCUUCCAGAGAAUUCCAGGUAGCACCACCUUCUUCUCUGUUCCUCCUACAGUUUCAUCCAUCGUCCGUCCAUCCGUCUGUCCAUCACUGAUGACACGACGCACACGACUGCCAGCACGAUGGACGGAAACAACAACGGAUGAAAACGGGUCUCAAAAUGGCCUCUGUCUUUCAGAACUGGACACCUGCUGAUAUUUUGCUCAAACACACAAUUAAUCUGAGCCAUCUGAGACACUGCUGCUUUGAUAGGUGAAGAAAAGACGGAGGAGUGAAAGAGAGGUGGAUUGUUUUACUGCCAUAGACUGGCUGGUUUCCUGAAGGGCUUUUGUAUUAUAAAAACACACACAUUAUCAGAGGUGCUGUGAUUCAAACAUAGCAAACUUCAUGAAGCAGUAUUUGUGCCAAUGCUAAGCUUCUAAUCCCUUCACUGAAAGCAGUCGUUGGUCUGUAUUCACUCUGUUCAGAAUGCUGUUCUACCUGCUGUGGCAGUGCUGAAGUAGAAUUUAACCCUCGUUUUAUCUUUACAUAAAGAGAGCGAUGCGGCGGCGCUUUAAUCUUUCAGUCUGUCACCUCCUCAUCAAAUGAAUCAGCUUUGAAAGCUUCAGCUUUUAUGCUAAUCCUGUUGGCAACCUCAUUGCAGGUCAUGAAAUAUAACCUAACCCGAAUCUUUUUCCAUAACUCAUCGAUAUUUAUUUAUUCUGGGACUUUGAGUCCAACGACGUUUGCUCCGCCAUCUUCACUACUUAGGCUGGAAUUCUCAUUAAUACGACAUUGUUGGGAAAUGGUGAACGAGAAAAGAAACUCAUAUCUUGACAUUUGAGAUUGUUUCAUUAUUUUUUCCAAUAAUUUUUCUGAAUAAUUAGCACCAGAAGCGCUAAACACAUCAGAAAUAUUUUAAUAUAAACAUUUAAUGUGCUUCAGGACAGAUGGAGUUGUGCUUUAUGCUUUAUAAUGAGGUCAAGAAAAUAUUUAAAAGCACUAAAUUACAAUUAGGUCCAUAAAUAUUUGGACAGAGACAACAUUUUUCUAAUUUUGGUUCUGUACAUUACCGCAAUGAGUUUUGAACAAAACAAUUCAGAUGCAGUUGAAGUUCAGACUUUCAGCUUUAAUUCAGUGGGUUGAACAAAAUGAUUGCAUACAAAUGUGAGGAACUAAAGCAUUUUUUAAACACAAUCCCUUCAUUUCAGGAGCUCAAAAGUAAUUGGACAAAUUAAAUAAUUGUAAAUAAAAUGUUAAUUUCUAAUACUUGGUUGAAAACCCUUUGUUGGCAAUGACUGCGUGAAGUCUUGAACUCAUGGGCAUCACCAGACGCUGUGUUUCCUCCUUUUUAAUGCUCUGCCAGGCCUUUACUGCAGCGGUUUUCAGUUGCUGUUUGUUUGUGGGCCUUUCUGUCUGAAGUUUAGUCUUUAACAAGUGAAAUGCUGCUCAAUUGGGUUGAGAUCAGGUGACUGACUUGGCCAUUCAAGAAUAUUCCACUUCUUUGCUUUAAUAAACUCCUGGGUUGCUUUGGCUUUAUGUUUUGGGUCAUUGUCCAUCUGUAUUAUGAAACGCCGACCAAUCAGUUUGGCUGGAUUUGAGCACACAGUAUGUCUCUGAAUACCUCAGAAUUCAUCCGGCUGCUUCUGUCCUGUGUCACAUCAUCAAUAAACACUAGUGACCCAGUGCCACUGGCAGCCAUGCAUGCCCAAGGCAUCACACUGCCUCCGCCAUGUUUUACAGAUGAUGUGGUAUGCUUUGGAUCAUGAGCUGUACCACGCCUUCGCCAUACUUUUUUCUUUCCAUCAUUCUGGUAGAGGUUGAUCUUGGUUUCAUCUGUCCAAAGAAUGUUCUUCCAGAACUGUGCUGGCUUUUUUAGAUUUUUUUUUUUUUAGCAAAGUCCAAUCUAGCCUUUUUAUUCUUGAGGCUUAUGAGUGGCUCGCACCGUGCAGUGAACCCUCUGUAUUUACUUUCAUGCAGUCUUCUCUUUAUGGUAGAUUUGGAUAUUGAUACGCCUACCUCCUGGAGAGUGUUGUUCACUUGGUUGGCUGUUGUGAAGGGGUUUCUCUUCACCAUGGAAAUUAUUCUGCGAUCAUCCACCACUGUUAUCGUCUGUGGGCGUCCGGGUCUUUUUGCAUUGAUGAGUUCACCAGUGCUUUCUUUCUUUCUCAGGAUGUACCAAACUGUAGAUUUUGCCACUCCUAAUAUUGUAGCAAUUUCUCGGAUGGGUUUUUUUCUGUUUUCGCAGCUUAAGGAUGGCUUGUUUCACCUGCAUGGAGAGCUCCUUUGACUGCAUGUUUUCUUCACAGCAAAAUCUUCCAGAUGCAAGCACCACACCUCAAAUCAACUCCAGGCCUUUUAUCUGCUUAAUUGAGAAUGACAUAACGAAGGAAUUGCCCACACCUGCCCAUGAAAUAGCCUUUGAGUCAACUGUCCAAUUACUUUUGGUCCCUUUAAAAACAGGGUGGCACAUGUUAAGGAGCUGAAACUCCUAAACCCUUCAUCCAAUUUUAAUGUGGAUACCCUCAAAUGAAAGCUGAAAGUCUGGACUUUAUGCCCAUGUCCAUUAUAUAACUAUAACUUGAAUGUUGCAGUAAACGGGUAAAAAAACAAAAUUUGUGUCAGUGUCCAAAUAUAUAUGGCCCUAACUGUAUGCGAUCAUUUUGUUUGAAGACCUAAUGAGUGUCAGGGUCAAUCCAAUACUUUAUUAUUAUUAUUAUUAUUAUUAAUAACACCAAAAACACCAGGUUUGCUUUCAGUACAGGUCAGAGGUCGUGAGAUUUACCGCCGAGGUGAGCCAUGUCAUGAGAUUCGGUUUGUAUCGAUGUUUGUUUAUUUUUAGAAAGUUGUAUUGACAUUUAUAAAGUAUUUGUGUUGUGUGUGGGGGGAUUAUUUUAUUUUUUUUAUUUUAUACAGUUGUGUGGUGGGUUUAAAAAAUAAAUUCAAACUUCCUGUUUUUGUAUUUGGUAUGAUGAGAUAUGAACAGUUGAGGGGGGAAAAAAAUUGAGAUUUGGUUGAUUGUAGCCACAACACAAUAGUGUGUGUGUGUGUGUGUGUGUGUGUUUUACCCACUGUAUUUUUGUCUUAAUGGAAAAGAAGCAGGUUGAUUUUAUACACUGUGAAUGAAAUGUAAAUUACAUCUUUCUAAUUGUUCUGAAUUGUAUUAAAUUAAAUGUAAACGAUG